CCGUUUGUGUACACUGCAUGGAAACUUGAGAUGUUUGGCUCAAGAGCUGCACUAGCUAGGUACCGAGCUGGCUAACGAUAGUCUGCUAAUAGUGCCCACUAUACUGGUAGCUAGAUGUUCAAACUCAUGAUCUGUCCACAUAUCAAUGCUAGGGACAGCAAACGUACAAAUAUGCGUCUGGUUAAUGUUUGAAAUCGGGCUGCAUGUGUUUCGAGUGCCAUCAUUGUCGUUCCGUGAAGCAUUCUUGGAUUUGAAAACGCAAACUACUCGGCCAUGGACCCUGAGAGACAGAAACGAAGGGAGGAGAUUCAGAAAGCGAUGGGCUUCAUACAGUCUUCACUGCCCUUUCCUGAACCAGAAAGCUACGAGGCAUUUCUGACCCAGCUGGUGUGCAACUUGCUGGAUGAGGGCAACACAGUGUUCCGGGACAGCGAGUGGAACCAGGCGGUCCAGCACUACGGGGAGGGCAUCAGUGUAGCGCGGUACGCCCAGGCCGAGGCGCUGGUCAUCCCCCCCGAACUGCUGGAGAGCCUCUACGUCAACCGGGCCUCCGCACAUUACCACAUGAGGGACUAUGAGCGGGGCGUGCAGGACUGCGACAGCGCGCUGUGCGUGUGUGAGGGAAGCCGCCGCACCCUGUACCGUAAGGCCCUGUGUCUGAGAGAGCUCGGGCGGCUCCGAGAGGCCUACGAGUGCGGCACCAAAUGCCUUCUCACCGCCCCGCACGACCGGCAGGUGAGCGAGCUGGCCCAGGAGUUGGCCAGCAAGCUGGGCCUGAAGGGCCGCAAGGCCUACAUCAGCUCCCAGGGAGAUUCCCCCCCUCCGGGAGGGGAGGGCCAUGGGGAGGGCGCCCCGCCCACAGGAGAGACGUCCUCUAAUGGCCUUGAGUCUUUGACGGACAUGGGACCUGAGGAUCUGUCCAGCGCACAGUGCAUCCCGGCCCCGCUGGCCACGCCCAUCCCGGUCAGCGACGACCCGGCGACCCCCGAGGAGACGCCGUGUGCCGACCUAUCGGAGAGCCCCAGCAGCCAGGGCCUGCCCCCCAUGCCGUACUCGGUGCCCGUGUCGGAGCACAUGGACGAGUGCAGCAACAGCAGCGUCAUCAACGACGAUAUGGAGGGCCUGCUGGACUGCAUCCCCAAGAAGAUCAGCGAGAGCCCGGUACAGGGCGCCAUCCCCACCAACCUCCCCAACACGGCGGUGGCUCUGCGGCCGCCCUACUCCCCGGGCCUGCCCGCCCCGUCCCCGCAGCUGCCCCCGGCCUACUUCACCUCCUCCGUCAGCCAGGUGUCGUCCCAGGAGCCCUACCCGCCGCUGGCCCAGCGGGACCAGGGCUCCACCCACGCGCAGGACGCCCUGGGGGGGGCCUACUCCCCGGGGGACACGGACCCGGCCGGGGGCCUGGACUCCCUGUCGGAGUACACUCUGCCCGGCGGACGCUUAUCACACAGUUUCAUCCCUGGGAUCCGCAACCAUAAUGCUGCACAUAUGAACGGCCAAGGUGGCACCAACCUCUCCAUGCUGUCCCGAAACCCGCUGGCCGCCACCCACGAGUUCCGCCAGGCCUGCCACGCCUGCUACAGCCGCAUAGGUCCGCGUGUGAUGGACUACCAGUACCAGCCCGAGGCGGCCCACCGCUGCAAGAGGGACGUCCUGCUGUGCCGUCUGAAGAACGGCGACGACCCCACCUGGAAGAGGGUCCGCCCCCGGCCCGCGCGGAAUAACUUCCUGGGGGCGUUUGUCCUUUGUAAAGAGGUACAGGAGCGGCAGGAGUGCCAGUACGGGGAGAACUGCACGUUUGCGUACUGCCAGGAGGAGAUCGACGUGUGGACCCAGGAGAGGAAAGGCGCCCUGAGCCGCGAGCUGCUCUUCGACCCGCUGGGCAGCACGGAGCGGCGGGCACUCAGCGUGACCCGCCUGCUGCAGCUCCACAUGGGCAUGUUCAUGUUCCUCUGUGAGGAAUGUUUUGACAGCAAGCCUCGGAUAAUCAGCAAGCGCAGCAAGGAGAAUCUGGCAGUCUGCUCCAACCUCACGGCCAGACACCCGUUCGACGACAAUAAGUGCCUGGUGCACGUGGUGCGGUCGGCCAACGUGCGCUACAGCAAGGUGCGCCCGCUGCACCCGCUGUGCCAGUUCGACGUGUGCCGCCACGAGGUGCGCUACGGCUGCCAGCGUGAGGACAGCUGCUCCUUCGCCCACUCCGUCAUCGAGCUCAAGUGCUGGGUGCUGCAGCAGGACACGGGCAUCACCCAUGAAGAGAUGGUGCAGGAGUCCAAGAGACACUGGCACCGGCUGGAGCAGAACGCCCAGAAGCAGCAGAAGCCCAUGCACAUCCCUCACCAUGGCAACCACAUGGGCUCGGGUGGAGGAGGCGGGAUGGGGGGAGGCGGCUGCGGCGGGGGAGACUGCAUGGGGGGCGGCGUGAGCUCCAUGGGUGGGAUGGGGGGCGUGUCCGGAAUUGGGGCUGGUCCCGGGAGAGGGCGGGGUCUAAACCUGAAGAUGAAGUUUGUGUGUGGCCAGUGCUGGAGAGACGGGCAGGUCAACGAGCCAGACAAGAACCUCAAGUACUGCACGGCCAAAGCGCGGCACAGCUGGACUAAGGAGCGCCGGGUCCUGCUGGUCAAAUCCUUUGAGAAGAAGAAAUGGGUCGUGGUCCGGCCGUUGCCCUUCUCUCGCACCUACCCACAGCAGUACGACAUGUGUGUCCAUGUGAUGAAGCAGAAGAAGUGCCAUUAUAUUGGAAACUGCUCGUUCGCCCACAGUCUGGAGGAGAGGGAUGUGUGGACGUACAUGAAGAACAACAGCUUGAGGGACAUGCAGCAGAUGUACGACAUGUGGCUGCAGCUGACCAAUCAGAGCCGGCGCACGGACGGCCCCCUCCUUACUCCACCCCCAGAGGAAAAGCAAGUCACCAUGACAGCAGAUUAUUCGGAAGGCAUGGGAGGACAGCGGCUGUCUGAGGGAGAUGACCUCUAACGGGUAGAGGGACAUGAGAAGAGGAUGAGAGAGAGAGACGAGCCUGCUGCUACACCAGCUAUUACAGAACAGACUGUAAACAAUGAUGGCGCCUCUAUUCUGAAUGGGAAAGUAAACAAAUGACCC